AAGCUGAAGCUAGGUGUCUCUAAUUUAGUAAAGUUUUGGGAAAAUCAAUCAGCAGCGAUGGACCGAAACGAGACCUCGAGGAAGCGCAAGAAACAUCUCCCAAACCCUAUCUUCACACGCAGCAGCAGAUCUCAGAUCCACGAAGACGAUGCCGAUGCCGAUGCCGAUGAUCUCCGUAUCCUGAUCAAAGAUCUCCGCACUAAACGGGUCUUCUCCCCCGACGCUUCUGCUUUGUGCAAUCUCAAUUUGGAGCCUGAUUUGGGAAUUUCUUAUGAAACCCAGAGCCAGAAGAAUGAUGAUUUGGCUGAACCUGAGGUCGAGGUGUCACUGUCAGGUAUUACUUUUAGAGAGAUUCCUCCUCCUGGAAUCGGCAAGUGCUUAGGAGCAGCCAACAUUCACAACAAUGUCUCAACCACCAAAUCGGUUCUCAAACCAUGUUUUAGGCGGAAACUGUUCAAAACUCCAGGUUCAGUUAGCUAUAAAAGAUUGCUUCCUUUUCUGAUGGAUAUCACAAAAGAUAAUCCAUAUGCUCCAGAAAAUAUUCAGUGCUCAAAACUGGACAAGGGGUUGGGACAAAAGCAGCAGCUUCAACCGAAGUUAGCUUCUAUGGGUCAAGAAGUUUUCAUGGAUAUGUCUAACAUGAAUCAAUGUCCAAUAGAUUGUAAAACUGGUGAAUCUGGUAACUCGCCAACAUCUGUACUAAUUUCUGCCAAUGAGUCAUCAAAUGGUAACAUCGUACAUUCUACAUCAGCUGAACACUAUUCUGAAUCGUUAAUGUCAUUUCAUUCUAAAAAAUUGGUUGAUGAUAAGGAGCUGUCUGUUAAUGGACAAGUUCAGAAAUUUGAGUUGGGUAAUAAGAAUUGCACAAAGCCUGAUACAUCUUCGGUUUUGGAGGAUGACACAAAGGGCCAAAGUGAUGAUAGAGAAACUGAGAAAAUUGAAUGUCUAUGUGUUUGUGAAGAUCAAGAUGUUGAUGCUGUAAACCCUGAGUUGUCUUUCAUUACGGAUUGGUGUCAUUCAGGGAGAGAUCGUGGAGUUGGUCUGCACAAUGAUGAUCUGAAGCAGUGUGAGACUAGAGGGAUGAAGAAAGCUAAUAAUGUAUAUCCUUAUAAAGCUCAGAAUUUGAAUCCUAAUUUUUCUGAAGCAGAGAAUAGUGAAUCAUUUAAUUUAAAAAAGAGAGGCGAUAAUGGUAGUCAGGUUCUAAAUCAAGUUGAUAAUUCAAAUGAAGAAUUCGUUGAGUUGACACCACCAGAUGCAGAAGAAAAUGGAGGUGGUGGAGUAGAAUUUAUUCAGAAGAGUACAGAUAGCCUUGGGAAGCCAUUAAAUGGAACUAACACCAGAGAUGUUCUCUGUGCCAGUGAUAAGAGAAACUACUCCCAUUCUAAAAGCAAAGAGGUUCUAAAUCCAUGUUCGAGACUGAAGUUAUACAAAAGUCCAGGCUCGUUCAGCUACAGAAGAUUGCUUCCAUUUCUAAUGGAUAUCAAAAGAGAAAAUUCUUGUGCUUCAGGGAAUGGUCAUCAAUCAAAACUUGAGAAGGGUUUGAAAGUACUGUUUGCACCACAUGUCACUUCUGACUUUCAAGAGAAGCCAAUUGAUAAUUCAAACGGUUACAAAUUUCAUGAAGAGCAUCAUACUACAAAUUGUGGAAUUCUGCCAAUGACUCUAUUGACUUCUGCCCAUGAGUCAUCUAAUGAUGAUAAAUCAGAGCAUUCUCCUCAGGAUAUUUCUAAAUUCACAAUAUCACUUGAUUCACAAAAGGAACAUCACUUGCAAGAUAGAUAUAGUCAAUUGGUGGGGACUUCCCCUAGCAAAGAGUGUUCUGUACCUGAAAUUGAUCCACAAGUUGCUGCACUUUGUCCUCCUGUCAGCCAAGAAGCUUUGUCUAGGGAAGAAGGUACAACUUUGGCCUAUCGACGAGUCUCUGUUGACAAUGAGGCAGACUGCCCUAGUUCAUUUACAAAAUCUUCUAAUGCGGCAAAGCCAGUUGAGGGAAACAACUUGUCUCAAAUUACACCUCAACUUGAAGCCUCAGCUCCUUCAGGAGUUCAUGGCACUGCACACAAAAAGGGGAUUCUUAAAAGAAAUCCACGAGGAUGCAGAGGGCUCUGUACUUGUUUGAAUUGUGCUUCUUUUCGUCUCCAUGCAGAGAGAUCAUUUGAGUUCUCCAGAAAUCAGAUGCAAGAUGCUGAAGAGGUGGCCUUAAAUUUGAUUAAGGAACUAUCAUACCUUAGGAAUAUGUUGGAGAAAUCUGCUGAUGGUUUCAAUGAUCAUUCUGUUGUUAAAGUCAAUCAGGUGAAAGAAGCAUGCAGGAAAGCAUCAGAAGCAGAAGAACUAGCAAAAGACCGCAUAGGCCAAAUGAACUAUGAGCUCGACAUCCACUGCAGGAUCACAUGCUUGCAGCCGCCAAGAGUUAGAUUUGCCAAUCAUGUUGAAGAAAACGUCAUUCCCAAGGCUGACAUGCCAAGCAAAUAGUAUUUUACCACGUUUCCCAAGUGGAUGUUCUAUCUCACCUUUGAGGGAGAUGCUUUGUAAUAGAUUGUGGGUGGAAUUCAACUCUAGAGAGUUUGGUUUCAAGGGUGCCAAUGGUAGUGUUUUCACAAUGGACGGAUCAAGGGACAAAUGCGAAGUUGAUUGAAGAUGUGUUGAAGACAAAUAUGAAGGUGACAAUAAAUAAUGAUGGGAUUUUAGAAGGUGAUGAGAUUAAGAGGUGCUUGGAAUUGGUUGUGGGAGAUGGAGAGAGGGAAAGAAAUGAGGACUGCCAUGAAAUGGAAGGAGUUGACUAAGGAUGCUGCCAACGACUGUUUCUUUGAUUUGCUUUGUUUACCCCCCUAAACUUGAAAUUGUUGCAUUUGCAUUGUGAUGAAUUAAGAUUUGUUAAUUUUGAGGUUAAUUUCUUAUUCUAUUAGUUAA